CAGGUGGGAGGAGAGUCCGGGACCAAGUCGGGCUGAUCGGUUCCUUCCACGGCCUGGAAGCAGAGAAGCAACUGGGCUGAAGCGUGUCAGCUGCUGCUGCAGGUUCCUUCCCUCCCCAAAUUUAAGCCCACCGGUGGCUGCAAUUUUCCUUCUAACAAAGAAUAUGGCAAUAAGAACAUUUAGGACAACUGCAAAUAAAAAGCAACAUUGAAAAGGAAAAUGAAUCAAGCCAGAAAUCAAAAUAUUUUCUGUUUCCUUCAGAAAACCACACAAUUCUCCUCCCCCUCCCCCCCCUCCUCCUCCUCCUCCUCCUCAAGAAGUUGUUAGAGAAAAAACAGAAAAUUUAAAAACAUUUCAAGCCAGAAUAAGCAGAUUAUGCACAAUUCAAGGAUACAUUACAUGAAAUGUCAAGGGCGAUUAUUUUUCAUUCAGCAUAUCUGAAAGUCAGUUGGAAGAAAAGGUGAAUAGUAAAGCCAUGUGGAGCAGACAGGAAUAUAGGUCUCUCCCUAUGAGGAAGAAAAUGGCUUGAAUGAAAGCACCACUAAACAAGGCAUUGUCACAAUUCCAGUCUAGUGAUACAUCAGUGGAUUGACUCCAGGGAGAAACUAUGGGUGUCUAGAUAGUGGGAAAAGCUUCAUUAGAAAUUUUCAUCUCAUGAUACACCAAAGAAUUCACACAGAAGAGAAACCCUUUUAAUGUCCUGAUUAUGGGAAAGUCAGAAUUCCAGUCUGGUGAUAUAACCAGAAGAUUCUCAUAGGAGAGAAAUGCUUUGAAAGUCCUGAUUGUUGCAAAACUUUCAAUUGUAAUUCCAAUUUGGUGAUACAUCGGAGGAAUCAAAAGGAGAAAACCCUUUCAAUAUCCUGACUGUUGGAGAAUUUCCAGUCAUAAUUCAUUACAAAUUCCCACCUCUUGAGAAAUGAGCAUGUACACAGGACAGAAACCCUUUGAAUGUCCUGACUGCGGGAAAAGUUUUAGACAGAAUUCCAGCCUGGUGAUACACCAGAGGACUCACACAGGAGAGAAACCCUACAAAUGUCCUGACUGUGGGAAAAGUUUCAGUAAUAAUUCAAGCCUGAUGAAACAUCACAGGACUCACACAGGAGAGAAACCCUUUGAAUGUCCUGACUGUGGGAAAAGGUUCAAUAAUAAUUCGAACCUUGUGAAACACCAGAGGAUUCACACAGGAGAGAAGCCCUUUGAAUGUCCCGACUGUGGGAAAAGUUUUGGACAGAAUUCCCACCUGAUGAUGCACCAGUGCACUCACACAGGAGAGAAACCCUACAAAUGUUCUAUUUGUGGGAAACGUUUCAGUAAUAAUUCGAGCCUUGUAAUACACCAGAGGACUCACACAGGAGAGAAACCCUUUGAAUGUCCUAUCUGUGGGAAAGGUUUUAAUCGCAAUUUCCAACUGGUGAUACACCAGAGGACUCACACAGGAGAGAAGCCCUUUGAAUGUCCUAUUUGUGGGAAAAGUUUUAAUCACAAUUUCCAACUGGCGUUACACCAGAGGACUCACACAGGAGAGAAACUCUUUGAAUGUUCUAUUUGUGGGAAAAGUUUUACUGAUAAUUCGAGCCUUGUGAAACACCAGAGGACUCACACAGGAGAGAAACCCUUUGAAUGUCCCGACUGUGGGAAAAGUUUCAGACAGAAUUCCCACCUGGUGAUGCACCAGAGGACUCACACAGGAGAGAAACCCUACAAAUGUCCUGACUGUGGGAAAAGUUUCAGACAGAAUUCCAGCCUGGUGAUACACCAGAGGACUCACACAGGAGAAAAACCCUUUGAAUGUCCUAUUUGUGGGAAAAGUUUUACUCGCAAUUCCCACCUGGUGAUACACAAGAGGACUCACACAGGAGAGAAACCAUUUCAAUGUGCAGACUGUGGAAAACGUUUUAGUCAGAAUUCCCACCUCAUGAUACACCAGAGGACUCACACAAGAGAUAAACCCUUUUGAAUGUCCUGAUUGUGGGAAAAGUUUCAAUAGGAAUUCCUAUUUGUUAAUACACCAGAAGACUCACACAGUGGGAAAACCUUUCAAAUUUCCAGUCUGUGGACUUUACUUCAAGCAUAAAUCAUCCCUUAGUACACACAAGGAAAUCCACAUGAGGCAAAAGGUGCAGAGUUUAG